GUGACUGUCCUGCCCUCAGACAGCAGAGUGAUCCUGCUGGAGAACAUGACCCGCUUCUGGCCCGUCAUCCAGAUCCGGGUGAAGCGGUGCCAGCAGGGUGGCAUUGACACACGUGUGCGCGGCAUCGAGGUGCUGGGUCCCAAGCCCACUUUCUGGCCCAUCUUCAAGGAGCAGCUGUGCCGGCGGACAUUCCUCUCCUGCACUGCUCGGGCUCGUGCCUGGUGCCAGGAGAUCUGCCGCGACCGGGGGCGACUGCUGCAGCUCUUUGGCAGGUUGAACCGGGCACUGCGGCACGAGCAGGGCUUCGCCGACCGGUUCCUUCCUGACGACGAGGUGGCCCAAGCCUUGGGCAGGACGUGCUGGGAGGCCCUGGUGAACCCCUUGGUGCAGAGCAUCACCAGCCCAGACCCCCACGGCAUCAGCCCCCUGGCCUGGCUGCUGAGCAAGUACCUGGAGAGCGCAGAGCCACCCUGCCAUUCCAUGAGCCGCGGUGCCGUCUUUGGUUCCCGUGUGCGGCGCCUGACCCAGCUCCUAGUGCACGUGGACCCCCGUGGCCUACGUGGCCCCGGGUGGCCCAGAGCCAGAGGAGGCAAGAGCAGCUGCCCCUGCCUGGCCGUUGGGGCUGUGCUCCUCUCGCCACGAGCUCCUAGCACCGGGACCUCUGGUGCAGCGGUUCCUGGGGAGGCGGCAGGGCAGGCACCAGACCUUGUGGAGCAAUACUGUGGGCUGUACCAGCGCCUGCGCGGUGCCACGGAGGAGCUGUUUGGGCAGCGGGCUGCCUUUAUGCUGGCUCUGGCCCAGGGCUUUGCGAGGGCUCUGCUGCAGCUCUCCUUCCUGACUGCCCUGCACGUGAGUGAGCAGUUUGCCCGCUACCUCGAUGGGCAGAUCCAGGAGCUCCACGGGGCUGUGGGCAGCGCAGGGUCACUGCAGCAGCUGCAGCGGAUCCUGGAGCCCUUUGUCGUCUUUAGUGGCCUGGAGCUCGCCCACACUUUCGAGCACUUCUACCGGCACUACCUGGGUGACCGACUCCUGGUGCAAGGGCUGUCUUGGCUGGAAGGAGCCAUUGUGGAGCAGAUUGGGCUGUGCUUCCCCAGCCGCUUCCCCCAAGAGAUGCUGAGCAACUUGGCCGAGUCAGAAGAGCUCCAGCAGCAGUUUUACCUCUUCCAGCUGCAGGAGCGGGACAAGCGGCUGCUGGAGCUGGACACAGGGCUGGAGGAGGCAUCAGGGACGGCCGCAGUGGUGGAUGUGCCAGAGGUGAAGGUGCUGGCCCUGUCCCCACGCUGCUGGCCCGUCUCCCCAUUCUGCUACAUGGAUGAACCUCGGAGGUUUUUUUCGUCAGCCCUGAGCUCCCCCCUGGAAGAAUUUGUCGACUUCUGCAGGCGGCGCCAGGGCCAGCUGGGCUGGCAGUGCAUGAAGCCCCGUCAGCUGCAUCUGCAGUGGACGUGGCUGGGCCACGCAGAACUGCGGUUCGGAGACUGCAUCCUCCACGUGUCCACGCUGCAGAUGUACAUCCUGCUGCACUUCAACAGUGCCGAGGAGGUGGCUGUGGAGGCCCUGGUGCACACUACAGGGCUCCCUGCCGACUUGGUGCACCACGCACUGGUGCCGCUGACCCACGGCGAGAGUGUCCUGGUGUGGAGCUGCACGCCGGGAGGUGCGCUGCGGUUGAACCAGGCAGCCCUGGCCCAUGCCUCUGGCCGCCACCUGCGGCUGCUGCCUCGGCAGAGGUACUUGCAGGCAGAGAGGGCUGAGGUCAGCGCCCUGGAAAGGAAGAGGAACAUACUCUGCUGCCUCAUCACCCGCAUCCUCAAGUCGGAGAAGCAGCUCCACGUUGACAACCUGGUGUUCAGGGUGAUUGAUGCCUGUCAGAAGGGUGAGCUGGGGCCAGGGCUGCAGUUCCUGAGCUUCUACUGGCUUCAUGUCAGCAGGUGUGGAGGGGUGUGCAUCUCCACCCUGUAUAGUUGUGACAUGUUUCUCCAUGUCAGGUUGAAUCCUGGCAUAGGCAGGUCAGAGGAGUUUCUCAUGGCAAUGCUGCAAGUGCCAAUGGGGCACACGCUUAGUCCAGAGGAGGCAAAGCUGCUCAUGAACCAGACAGUACAGCAAGUCCAGGAUACUCUCAGCAUCCCGGAUGAUGUUGCUCGCCACCUCCUCAUGCACUGCAGGUGGAAUGUGGAUUUCCUGAUCCAGUGCUAUGUGGAGAACCCAGAGACCCUGCUCAUCUCCUCAGGGCUGCAAGUGCAGGAUGCCCAGCCUCCCCCAAGCCCAGGAACCCACUGCCCAGUCUGUGUGAACCAGCUAUGUCCCACUGAGAAGCCACCAACCCUCUGCUGCAUGCACUACUGCUGCAAGCCCUGUUGGAGUGAGUAUCUCACAACUCGCAUCGAACAGAACAUGAUCGUCAACUGCACCUGUCCCAUAUCCGAGUGCCGUGCACAGCCAACUACAGCCUUCAUUUGUUCCAUCAUUUCGUCCAAGGAGAUUAUAGCCAAGUACGAAAAAGCCCUUCUCAGAGGCUAUGUUGAGUGUUGCUCCAACCUGACAUGGUGCACCAACCCUCAGGGCUGUGAUCAGAUCCUCCUUAAGGAUGGACUUGGCUAUGGGGCAGCCUGUUCUAAAUGCUCCUGGAUAUCCUGCUUCAACUGCAACUUCCCAGAGGCCCAUUAUCCUGCCAGCUGCAGCCACAUGUCUCAGUGGGUGGAUGAUGAUGGAUACUAUGAGGGAAUGACAAGUGAAGCCCAAAGCAAACAUCUGGCUAAGCUCAUUUCGAAGCAUUGCCCAAGCUGCCAGGCUCAGAUAGAGAAAAAUGAGGGGUGCCUGCAUAUGACGUGUGCAAAGUGUAAUCAUGGCUUCUGUUGGCGUUGCCUCAAGCCCUGGAGGCCAGCUCAUAAGGAUUAUUACAACUGCUCUGCUAUGGUGAGCAAAGCAGCUUGGCAGGAGAAGCGUUUUCAGGAUUACAAUGAGAGAUGCACCUUCCAUCAUCAUGCAAGGGAAUUUGCCAUGAGUCUGAGAAACAGAGUUUCUUCCAUCAGUGAGAUGCCAAAAAUUAGGACUUUGACUUUUGUUCUUGAUGCCUGCAAAAUGCUAGAACAGGCACGGAAGGUGCUGGCCUACUCCUGUGUGUACAGCUACUAUAAUCAGGACACUGAGAGCAUGGAUAUUGUGGAACAGCAGACUGAAAGCCUAGAGCUGCACACCAAUGCUCUGCAGAUCCUGCUGGGUAAGUCCUGCAGCCUCUCCAAA